AUGCAAAAAUAUGUUGUAGAAAUCAAUGGUAAUAGUUUUGGAAUAAAAGAGUGCGACUUCACGUUCGUGAGCCGCGCCGGCGUCACCAACGGCACGUUCCAUGCGCCCGAGCUGAUCAACCCGAACAACCAGAGCCGCCAGUGCCUCUACACGUUCCUGGCCCUGCCAGGCCAGCGUGUGCUCGUCGAGUUCCGCACCUUCGACCUCCGGGGAAAACCGCCAGAUGGAGCUGCCGUGGGAGAACUACCAGCAUGCAUGCACGAGUCAAUGGACAUUUACUCGGAGAUGGCAUCCCUGGAAACAAGCGAGCUGGUCAACUCGGCGUUCGGCGGGCGUUACUGCGGGCCCAUACCGCCGCGCCGCCGCGUCUCACUGCACCGCGCCGUCGCACUCUCCUUCUACACAGACAAAAUGUACACGCCGCCUACACUCUUCACAGGAACCUACCAGUUCAUCAACGCAUCGGAAUUCGAAGUGGGCACCCCAGUUCCCAACACAUUGUGUUCGUUCGUGAUAGAGGCGAGCAAACGCAAGACAGGCCUGCUGCUCUCCCCGACGUACCCUGGCAUCUACCCAAAGGACAUGACCUGCAACUAUCUGUUCAGCGGCCAGCCCGGACAAAGGAUCCGACUCGAGUUCAGAGAUUUCGAUCUGUUUUUCGGCGGGCCACAUUGUCCGUUCGACUGGGUGCGCGUGUACGACGGGCCAGACAACACGUCGGCAGUGAUCGGCACGUACUGCGGCCAGCAGCGGAACCUGGUGCUGUACUCCAGCGACGAGCGGCUGCUGGUCACGUUCUACACGCUGCCGCGCGCCGCCAGCACACAGAACCGCGGCUUUAAGGGUAUCUUCGAGUUUUCAGAAAGUUUUGUUAAGUUAGAUUUUAUAAGUAAACACGACGCCGAGCACAUUAGGGGCUCAGAAUGCGACCAGAAGAUUCUAAGUAAAAAGGAAUCGACAGGUUUCGUCUACCAUCCAAAUUAUCCAUUCCCUUAUAUACAAAAAGUUGUUUGUAGAUAUUUUAUAUAUGGUAUGCAAGAUUCACAAAAUUUGGAAAGGGUUCGAUUAGAGUUUCAGAACUUUUCUAUUCCGAAGGGCGAUAAUCCAAAACCGGAUUCUUGUCCUGAUGGGUACCUGAAAGUAUACCUGCGCGGCCAGGAGGCUACAGACUCGUACGACAAACACGACGCCGAGCUGUGCGGAGAGGGAUCUGCGGGCAAACCUCCCUUCCCUCCGCCUUUACUCUCCGACGGGCCCCGCCUUGUGAUGGUAUUCAGCUCAGGAGAACUGCAGGGCAGGGGGUUCAAAGCCAAGUAUACUUUCGAGACUGAAUAUCGAGUGCCGGGCACAGCGGCGCCGGGCGGCGAGUGUGCGUUCACGUAUCGAAGCGAAGCAAAGAAGCGCGGCGAGUUCAACUCCCCCCGCUACCCCUCCAACUACCCCUCACACACCAACUGCACAUACACGUUAGCUGCCAGCCCUAGUGAGCAGGUCACAGUGGUGUUCGACCACUUUAAAGUGAGGGCUGACGCCUGGAAUGCGACUGCAGGCGUGUACAGUGGGGCAACAUGCAGCGAAGACUGGGUGGAAGCGUGGUGGGUGGGUCGUGAAGGCGCACGAGUGCCACUGGGCAGGUGGUGUGGGCUGGCCACACCUGGCCCAAUGCACUCUCCGCGUGGCGCCACUGGCCUCGUCAUCGCGCUACACACAGAUAGUGAGGCCGUCGCCUCUGGCUUCAAAGCUAGAUAUAUUUUCGAGCCAGCGAAGUCAAUAUUUGGCGACUGCGGCGGCAAUAUGUCCGGCGCAGAGUGGGGCGUGAUCACGUCCCCCAACUUCCCGCAGAACUACGAGCAGCCCAAAAACGGACCGGCCUCCAGGGUCUGCAACUGGUUCGUUACGGCGCGCCCCGGGAAGAGACUCUUGCUCAAUUUUGAAUACUUCGCUGUCGAAGGACAUCUUACUGAGCGUGGAUGUCCAGCGGCAGUUCUCAGGCUGUGGUACGAGAGCCCGGGUCCUCCGCUCGAGCUGUGUGGGGAGAAGGCACCCGGCGACCGCUGGCAGUACCUUUCCUCCUCCAACUCGAUACGACUCUCGUUUAUAAUAGCGGAUAAGGCGGUGGGUGCGACGGGGUGGCGCGCCGUGUGGACGGAGGUGACGGUGCCGGAGAGCGGCGAGUGCGAGGAGGGCUCGCUGGACUGUGGCGGCGCGUGCCUGCCGGCCGGCGCGCGCUGCUCCGGCCUCAAGCACUGCGCACUCACGGCCGACACCAAGCCCACCCACUGUUAGUAUGCACCGCUUCUACCGCAGAACUGAUCCACGGCAACCGACCGUCGUACGUACACCGCCCGGUACACGUCCAACCAUCUGACGUCGAGGAAUACUUGCUACUAAAAGUAUUCGAAUGAUAAUCGUAGACAUUACUAUCUUUAUCGUACUUACAUAUCUAAUGACUUUAUCUUCUAGGUGUCUAAAGGAAGUCCUCGUUUAUCCUUAUGUUAUAACUUAGAUUACGACUAAGUCUAAAUUGAAUAAGCUAAACUUUUUCCAAAUUUUUAAUUAAUUUGAACUGACACUGUAUAUUACAAUUGGCACUUUACCGCACUUUGCAUUUCCACUUGAUAAAUGUAUCUACACCGUUGCAUUUUGUCGUUGCAUUAUAGGGGUUAUAAAUUAAAGUCUAUAAUUAUAAAUUAUAACUAUGAUAAUGUAGCUUGUUGAGAAUACUUACGGAGUAAGCAGUAUAUGGACUACUGACUAUUUUGUUAUUGUGCUUCCCUACUUGCUUGUACACUACUUGAUACAAAGUGAUAUAGAGUAGAAUGUCUCGAAAUAUAUUUUGUCUUCUCCACAGUCUCCACCACGUCUCCACUCACUACACUACCUUCAAACAUUAAUUAAUUACAUUCCAAUAAGUGAGAAAAAACUAGUAUUAAUUAUUCGACAAUAAAAGGGCAUGCAACCUUUUUCCAAAAUGAAAUACUAAAAUAAAGAAUCGUUGUCAUGGAAACACGAACCUCCGAGAGAUUCUACUCGUAACUAUCCCGCCAGUCAGCCGGUACGCCGGUACCCACUACCCACGUAUCGCUACAUUACGUAACUGUAACGUAACUGAGCAGGGAGUCGCAACACGAAGCUUGUCGUACAUUCGCUGCUUACUCCUGCUUUUAUCUUCUAAAUCGUUGUAAAAUAUUGUAUUCUAAACACUGUAGCACUGUUAACUAAUAACUCUAAACAAAUACAAUAAUGUUAUGUUCACUGUACUUUCUCAGUAUAAGGAUGAUUCAAUGCAAUCUUUGUCUCUAAGGAAGUUGUUACAUGUACUCUAGGGAUCUAGGUGUUUAGACACUUUCCAUCAUAUAAUUGUUGGUGAAUUAGCAGAAUAUAUUGAAUAUGUUGCAAAGAUUACAGACUUUUUCAUUUACAUACCAAGGCUCCCCUUAGUAUAAUUUAAAUCUAACUAGUUAAAUGUUCUUCAUGUUAACUCACUCUUGCAUUCAUAACUUCUACUCCAUUUAAAUACUCUAUUUUUAUUUUACUUCCUUCAAAUACUGUGAUGACUCAGGAGAGUUGCAUCUCUGAUCUGUCCUAAGUCUAAAUUUUUAUUAUGUUUUUGAUCGUUAGCAUAUUUUGUAAUUUGUUGCAAUUGAUAAAGAAGUCACUCCAAUGGGACAAAGCUUGCAUUGAGUCAUCGCACUAUGGGGCCCGGGGUACCGCAACAACUGUUUCUAACAGAGCACUUUCUGGUGGAGUACUAGAGCUUCAAUGAGUAGUUUGAAAACGUAUCGUUUCUUAAACUUGAUGAUGACUUCGUCAAUUCUAUUUAGUCGCGAAGUAUUGAAGUUAUUUCCGAAGGAGGGAGUACGAAUAUUAGUAGUAGGUCGGUCGUGUUCCACCAGAGAGUGUAGGGCCCUGGGCUGGUCUGACGGCGCGGUGUGCGCAGGCGGCGCGGCGCCGGGGCGGUUGGCGGCGCGCGCCGCUCUGGUCGCGCUGUCGCUUGUGCUCGCCGCCCCGCACUGACCGGGCGCUGCGCACGCGGCGAGAGCGCAGUGACAGGCGGGUCCGGCAGCCUGGCGUGGUGGUGGGCCGUCCGCGCCGCCCGCGCCCCCUGACACCGUAUGACGACGCGCCCACGCCGCAACGGCGACGCACGCACCACUGAAUAGUUGAUUACACGACUUUAACGUAUAAUUUGUUUUAUUACUCCUUUUACAUUUUAAAGCAAAACAGAAAAUGGUGUAUCGAAGCUCUUUGGUUAAGUUCUUA